AUGGAGGCUUAUCAUUCGUGGAUGCAAAUCCAGACAGCAACAAACGCGAUGAUGUGCAGAGGAUUCUCAAUCACACUCACAGGAUCCACCCGGAGUUGGUACCGCCAAUUCAAACCCAACUUCAUUGGAUCCUUCGCGGAGCUUAGCCGAUCAUUCCUUACCCAAUUCAUAAGCGGUAAGAAGAGUCGGAAACCAAACACCCAUUUGUUCACCAUCAAACAAGAGCUAAAGGAAUCAUUAAAAGACUACAUCGCUCGUUUCAAUGAAGAAGCGUUACAAGUGGAGGACUAUGACGACAAGAUAGCGCUUUCUACGGUAUUCAGUGGUCUAAAAGAGGAGAAGUUCGCAUUCUCCAUCAGGAAGAAUCUUCCGAAGACAUUAGCCGAGCUCAUCACCAGAGCUCAAAAGUAUGCUAACGCUGAGGAAUUCUCCAACACCCACAAGAAUGUUCAAGUAAUAGAGCCGACUGGCAAAGGGAAGAGGUCAAGGAACAAAGAAUCUCAAACGCCCAGCAAAGGGCCAGAUAAUUGCGCUCCCCACGAUCGUCAUCCAAGCAGAAAAUCAGAGGGUAAAUUCCGUUCCUACACCUCCCUCAACACAUCCACCGAGCAGAUUUUACUGGACAUCCGAGAGCAUAAGCUUCUGAAUUGGCUUGUUUGUAUGAAGGCCAACCCGGAUCAUCGAAACAAAUGCAAGUAUUACCGUUUUCACCAAGAUCACGACCACAACACAGCCGACUGCGUGGACCUCAAGAAUGAGAUUAAGACCCUCAUUCGUAAAGGUCAUCUACGCCGGUAUAUUAAGGAAGAAAAAACGGCUCAGAAAGAAGAACAAGAGCAGCCAAAUAACACCCCAGAAGAGUCAGCCGAGAUCCGCAUCAUCUUUGGUGGCUCGUCUGGUGGAGGAGACUUAAACCGUGCUCGAAAAGCCCAUUCUCCGAAGUCUAAUCCAGAACAUUACAUCCACAUGACCGAGCGACCCAGUAAAGAACUUGGGUUAGCCCGUGCAGUAUCACCUUCAUGGAAGAUGAUGCGCGUGGAAUCCAACAUCCGCACGACGAUGCCCUAG